UUCCAGACCACCAAGUAGUCGUUCAAUUAGUACGAUAUCAGUUCCGAAAGAUGAAAAAGAUUUUGGGAUGAGAAAAAGCAGAAAAACAAGAUCAGAUCAAACAUUGAAUCCUGCAUAUCUUACAAAAGAUUCAUUUGAUCCUUCUCAUAUACCAUGGCAAAAAUGUUGCUUCCAUCAAGAUCUUCUUCAUUUGGAAGUGACAAAAGUCGAAGGUCUAAUGUACAGAAAAGAACAGUGUGUGAUAAGACCCUUGAAAGGAUAAUCGAAUUCUGUUGCGCUGAUGUAAUCAGUCCAACUGCUCAUUUUAUUGAGGACUCAACUCAGUCAGCCACAGCAGUUUCCUCUCAAGCAAACAUGCCUUGGUAUCAUCAUCGUGAUCCAUAUGAGGAUGACACUCUUGAUAUUGAGUUUUGUAUUCGAGCUCCACUCCCAACAAACGACAUUCUCAGAAAAAUGAUGCAGAGUCAUGAGAAACGAGCAGAGGCGAGGACAAUUUCACUCAAACAAAUUCUAUCAUUACUUCAAUCUUGUAGCAGUCAAGACAAAAGAGCAGAGACACCUCUUACUCCUUCAGCAUAUUUGUCGAUGAUGUCUGGCUGUUUUGGAGUCUCAAGCAUAAAGUCAGACACUGUUCAUUUGCCUCCUUCAAAGCCUUUGAAAGAUUGUCUGAAUGAUAUAACAUGUAGUGAUGCUGAGAAGCAAAGGGAAGUUCAAGAUUUGACAAAUCGUAUCAGAAACUGCCUGCUCGGCUGUCUUCAUGAUUGCAUCAGUCAGUAUAAAGAUCAACACGAAGUUGAAAGCUUAAAGUUAGCAUUAACUUGUAUCGGAAUUCUUGGUGUAUCCAAAUGCAAACCAAAUGAUAUUGAAAAAACAGCAGAAAAAUCAUUGGAAAUUUUAAAAACAAUUGGAGUCGCUGAUCUUAGUGUAGAUGGUUCUGAACUUCCUUAUGAACUUUUACACUCAAUUAUUUCUUCUCACACCACCUCACUCACGAUUGAGAAAAAGCAGAAAGUUUUGUUGAGUGUGAGUGCAGGAAUAUAUCUGCAAACGUUAUCUAUGACUGCAAGUGAGUUUUCUUCACAAAUCUCCUGUGACAAUACAUUGGAACCUAUUCUAGCAUUGCUGUUCUCUCGUGUUGAAGCUUUAUUUAGAAGUGUUGGUGGAAUCAUUCCACAACCAGAUAAUGUAUUGAAGGAUUGUUUGACAGCUCAUCAACAAAACGUCAAAAUUAGAAAAAGGCCGAAUUGUCAACCAAAUUAUUUGCAACAUUUCCAAGAGACUGCACUUGGAGAUUUUCUGGUUUUUAUUCGUCAUCUGCUAUCGACUACUACAGUAAUUUCAUCUCUUACCACUCCGCAAUGGACAGGCCUACUUCUAGCAAUAGUAGGACAACUAAACUCCGCUGGUGCAGUUGUUAUUAACAGUAUGAGAGUUCGUCUUCUUGCAUUGAGAAUACUACAUAUAACACUACCUACUUGGAAACAUGGACCAGUUCCUGCUGUAUCACCAGUAAAAUCAUGCAGCAAAAAUAUAAUGGAACACAGCGAAGAAAAUAUGUACAGAGUUUUGCAAUCGAAAGGAAGUAGUCUUAUCAUCAAAAAACUUUUUGAAGUUAUUUCAAAUGAAUAUUGGGUUUCUUUACCUGCUUCAAAAAAACCAGUUCAAGAAGUUUUUCAGGGAAAAGAUCAAACAUCGUUAGAUCAAUCUGAAACAGCAAGUUCUGAAGAUUCACCACAAUCACUUACUGACUCGAUGUUUUUUACUGAAUUGACUUUUGACCUUGAGAAAAGCUCUAGCACAACUAUAGAAGAUGGAACCAUUGUACAGCACAGUUCAGAAGGAAGAGCUUUUGCCAUGACUAAAACUGGAAUAUCGCAAGGAUGCUGUGAAUGGAAGUUUACGGUUGUUCAUGAAAACCCUGGCAAUGAAGGAACAUGUGUGGGUGUGUCACUUCACCCUGUGCAGGAUUGUCAAUAUAGAACUACCAAUGAAAUGUGGUUAUACAGAGCAUACAGUGGGAAUCUAUAUCACGGAGGAGAACAAAGUAAAAGACUGGGAGGAUUCAGCAUAAAUGACGUUAUUACUUGCAUACUUGAUACAGAGGCUAAAACAUUAAGCUUUGGAUUGAAUGGAGCAGAACCACAGGUUGCUUUUGAAAACAUUGGAAUACAACCACCGCCAUCAAAUUUCACAAAUCCAAGAUCUGAUCUCGAUUCUCCCCCUGAGUUUUUUCCAUGUGUUGUCUUUUAUAGUUGCAAUCCGGGAGAGAAAGUACUGAUUUCUGAUUUGAAAAUGAGGGGAUUGCCAGAAGAUCUUCAUCCUGGGGAUCCAGUUUGUUCUCCAAAACACACAGUGCUUGCAGAGGAAUGUGUUCAGCUGAUCCGUCUCCUUCAUAACAAUGACAAUAAUGGCAAAUUAUCACUUUAUCAUCACCAUCUGUUAUCUGAUUCAAUUUACUCUUGGUCAACAAUUGUUAAUAGUGAAAUUCUUGAAAGGAUGGAAGAGUUGAGGAAUGUACCAUCUGAAGAUGAUAAGGAUAUAUCACAUAAAGAUCCUGAUGAAGUACAAAUACUUGAAUCAAAUUCAAAUGUUGCAAUUAGUAAUGUUCUUUGUCGCCUGUGGCCAGUAUUGGCUUUGCUUGGUGGACUGGAUAGCGGUUUGAGAGUUGGUGGAAAGUGUGUCUAUUUUCCCCUACAAUCUCAAUCUCAUGUGCUUGGAGUUGUGAGAAAUCAUCCAACUGUAAUUAAGCUGUAUACUGACGAACAGGAUCCUCCAUACCCUGAUAGCACAUCAUCUCGAUUACUUCCGCAAAGUGGAGCAGAUUUCAAUUUUGAAAAUUUACCAUUACUAAGUUCAUCGAUUCUAAUAAAUCUCGCAAAAGCCGCUGGAGUAUUGGAAACACCAAAGAAUAAAUCUUCAAAACAGGUUUCCGCAAAGCAAUCAAAGGAAAGUAUAAAAAUUGAAUCGGACUUGGAUUCUGAAAUCGCGAAAGAAAUGGACAAUGAAUAUGAUAUUACUGAUACUAUGAAAGGAUUAGAAGCUGAAAUUGAAGAAAAUGAGAUUCCCGCUGCUAAUGACGGAAAUCUUCAACCUGAAUCUUCUAACACGUCUUUUGAAACUGCGGAAAGUUCAACCGAUGAAGAAUCCGUCAUGCAAGAUAUUGUAUUACAAAGUUCUGCGAUCAAAUGUCUUUGUGCAUUAUUGGGUUCACGAAGAUACAUUGAACUUUUGUUGCAUCCAAAAAAGAAGAAAUCUGAGGAAGAUAAUGAGAAUAUUUCAGAUAAAGAUAAAGAAAUCGGAACCGAAAAUAAAGAUGGUGAUCUUGAGAAUGACAAUGAUAAAGAACAUGACUGGAGUAAUAAGGACCUUCGCAACACCGUGCAGUUCAUUGUAUCAAAGAUGGUAAAUCAUGCAUUGGACAAUGCUCCUUUGAUCAACUUCUCAUCAAGACAUCUACCUGAUCUAGACCGAGCUAUAUCUGUUCUUUCGAAGGUGACCUGUAAUUCAACAGCUCAAGAGGAAUAUGUUACAUUGUGGGAAAAUGUUGGUUUAAGAUCUCAACAAGAUUCGUCUUCAACUCAAGCUAAUGAUUCAAAUCAAUCUCGAUCAUCAAUAUCUGCUUGGAGAAGAGAAAGUUUUGAAGAAAGUGAUGAUGACGACGAAAUACAGUAUUUUAUGAGUAAUGACACAUUUUAUCGGGGAAUGCUGCCAUCUGGUGGACCCACUCAUCGUGCAAAUAAUCAACGUCCAACAGCUACUGCUUCAAGAAGUUCAAGGAGGCAAAGAGGAGCAAGUAGUGUACAUGCAGCUAAUUCUUCAUCUACACCCACCUCAAGCAAUAGAACUGAUGCAAUGAGCCCCAGGCGGGGUAGAACAGUUUUGCAAAGGAUUCGACGACGUCAUGCACCGUCCGGCCUUCUUCCUCUCGGUCUUCUGCCUCCUCAAGUUCGUCAUACUUCUCCACCUCCUCUUGUGCAGACUACAAGCCCGACUAUGGAAAGCAAUACUGAAGAACCUUGUCGCGUUGCUUUGUUAUCAGAACUAACUAAUCCUACGAGAGGUACAUCCACAUCAGAGCAAAACCAGAGACAACCUGGAACAAGCGGAACAUCUGCUCGUACUAAUGAAACCAUGAAUUUAACUCAAACUUUAUCAGAAAUGGGAUUUUCUGACAGACAUAUUAGAAGAGCCAUAAAUGAAACAGGAGUCAAUUCAUCUGCAAAUGCCCACAAUGCAACUGUUCUGGCGACAUGGAUGAUCGAACAUCCACUACUUGAAGAAGAAGAAGAUGAUGAAGAAGAACAACAGCAGCAGCAAGAAAAUGAAGAGGAACCUUCAGAAAAUCAGGAAGAGUUUACUUUACCAACCGGUGUAUCCGCUUCUCAUGAAACAGCGCGUGGAAUGCGAAAUGUUCUCGGACAAAUUAUUGAUGCUCAUAGAAGUAGGAUGGCAACCAGAGAUCGUAGAUCAGAACAAAAUCAGCCGUCUCAACAAUCAAUCAAUCGUAUGACUGGCAUCAUGUCGGAAACCAUAAGGAGAAUAUCAGACAAUGCUGAAAGUAUGUUACAGGAAUUAAGAAGAAGACGUGGACCUAUGUGGAGUGCAACGUCACAGGGACAGCCUGAUACUUCAGCUACUAAUUCACAAGGAAAUAAUAAUGAAAUUUCUGGUAAUGGGGAAGAAUACUUUCAAGGAUUACUUGAUGAAGAUGUGCAAGGAGAUUCUACCAAGUUAGAGCAAGUCCAGUCUUUAGCUAAUAUGUUCGGAAAGACGAAAGAGUUAUCUGACAUCAAAAGAAAAAGAAAAAGCAACAAUCAAACUGGAAAUCCUACAGAGUCUAUAAACGAAACUGAACUGGAAUUUGAAGAUCUUUAUACAUUACUUGAUUUUAACAAACAGAAACAAAUUCCACCUUGUUUGAAAUUCACAUCACCUGACCCUCUUGGAUCCGCAGUAGUCAUUGAAGAUGAAAAUAUGACUUCGUUAGAAGGCAGCAUUGCAGCUCUCAGUGGCAGCAAUGACAAUAAAAAGAAGUCGUCUAAUUGGCCGUCCUAUGCACUGGCUCAUGGUGUUGCAAUAUUAAAAUCUUCUCAGGAAAGAGAAUUGGCUGGAAAUAACAUUGUCACAACAAUGAGAGUGUUGUUAUGUCGCAGAUUGAUUACAAAAGUUCUUUCUCUUCUUACAUCAAGCCGUUCAUCAUGUGACUUCCCUGGCGGCCUUUCCGCUCUUGGAUUAGAUGACGUCGGAUUGAUUGUGAAGUUGAUGUGUCUGACUGCUUCUGAUGGGUCUGUUGGUGAAAAUAAUUCAACAAGUUCAGAGGAUGUCGACCAAACAUUACCUUGUUUACAAAGUAUGAGUGCUGCUAUCGGAGCUCUCAUCUCACACGAUAAAUCUGCUGCCAAGCUUCUACUCGAUAUAAGCACAAGAGAAUUAUUUGCUGCUUCGUUUGGUCUGUCUAGUUCUGAUUCUUCUAGAAUAGCAGUUGCACAGUCUCUCACAAGCUUGCUUGCUAAUGGAGAAAUUGCUAAUUUGAAUGAAGAAGAUGCUGAUUUAGAAAAGGGAAAUGGUCAAAUGCUUGUUAUGGAUGCUCUGUCUGCAUGUUGCCUUAGUGCCAAAGUUCCUCAGGAUUCUAGAACUUGGGCUGCGAAAUCGCUCGUAACAAUGCUAGCUAAUCAUGCUCAAACAACUUCUUCCAGUCUAAUUAUGGCCGACACAUUACAGCAAUUGCCGCAAUGUCCAACGACAAAAUUUCGUGUCCAUGAUCAUGGUGUCACAUCAAGUAUUUGGCAUCCAAGGAGGAAAAUGCUAGCAACUAGUGGAACGGGCUUACAUGUUUUAUUUUGGAGUCAAUCAUCAUCUGAUGCAUCCUUGUUUCAAUUGCAACAUACGUGUAAAUUCACUCGACCUGAAUUGAGAUCCGGUAAUGAUAGAGUCGUUUUAACUCUCGAUGAGGAGAUGGAAAGAGAGGAAGAAGAUGAGAACAAGCCUAGAUUAGAGGAUGCAGAAGUUAAAAAUAACGCAGAGGAGAAAAAUUUGAGACCAGAAAUUAGGAAUCUGUGUUGGAAUGCAAACGGAAAACUUGUAGCUGCCUCUGUUAAUAGUGCUGUUAAUGUUUGGCCAACCGCAAGUUCUGUUGGCCAUCUUGAAAUUUUACCAAGUGAGGUAACUGCAAUGUGUUGGCCGACAUAUCGUGGUCCUAUUGAAGGAGGUGCAGGACAUGGAGUUGAUACAUUACUAGUUGGAUGCGGCAACGGAACUCUGAGUUUGAUUGAUGUUUUUGAUGCUUCAACAUUUCACAGAAAAGAAAUCAGUCAUUGUGCGAGAAGAAAUGUCGCUGUCACUCAUGUCGCAUGGUAUCAUGAAGAUCAGGCAUUUGUGGCCGGUUAUUCUGAUGGAAAAAUUUUGUUUGGAAUGAGGAAUUUAACGAUGCAUAACAACACUAGAACAAUUGACGCUCAUUAUAAUGAAAUAUCACAACUCAUAUGGAAUGCAUCAGGCACUAUUCUACUCACUGGUGGCAAAAAUGAGUCAACUAUUAAGCUGUGGCAAAUGUGCAGUGAUAUUUGGAUAGCUGUUCAUAGAUUUCAGCAUUCUUCGUCAGUACAAUCUGUAUCUAUAUCUCGAGUAUUGGACAACAAAUCUACAUUAGUGGCAUGUGGUCUCGAAGAUGGUAGAAUCCACGUUUGGUCUGUUACGUCGAAAUCUGAGGAAGAUAUCACCGCUCAAGAUGAUGAACAAUUACUACCAGUCGCUUCAGAUACGAGUGCAAACCAAUCUGAAAGCGUUCAAGAUAUCAAGAAGAAUAUAAAAUUGUCAAAAAGUGAAACGGCUAUAAUAGGUAAUGAAAAGGACUCAAGUGCUCAUCAAGUUUUUACUUUGUACGGUCACAAAGGCCCUGUGACAGCAUUAUGUAUUGAUUCAACUGGACUUGUGUUAUGUAGUGGUGGCCAAGAAGGUUGGACCAAUAUUUGGUCUUUACAGAAUGGUUCUAUAUUACAAACUCAUGUUGCUGAAAAGUCUGAAUCAGUGAAUUGUUUACAAUGGAUUGGUGAAGGUGUUCUUGUAACUGGUUUAAUAAAUUCACGGGAAAUUACAACAAUGCAGAUUCCUCCAAAACCGUGGAUUGAAAAAUAUGGUUUGUUAUCACAAGCUCGGACUUCACUUCUCCGCCAGAAUAUGGUCCGUGGAUUUGGUACAACUGAUUGCUUUCAGAUUCUUAUCAAUAAAUUUCCGGAGAUAAUAUUGGAACAAUACAACUAUGAAAAGAGUGAAAUUGAUGCUGGGAAUCAACUAGUUCAUUCCUCUUUCUUACAAUCUCUUAUUGCAAUUUGUAUUGGACUUGAUCUCACUUCAACUAUUUCAUAUCCGCUAUCUCCAAAGAUCACAAAACUCCCUAACAAAGACAAUGUCAAAGAGGAUUGGACAUGGUUAGUUGACUUGCAUACUUGUACCGAAGCAGUGAAGUCAUUAUACCAUCGGACUUCGUUUCAUCCUGAGUUUGAAAUCUCAGAAAAAUAUCAAAAUGAAGUAUUAGAAGAAGAUGUUGAUAUCCCUACUUCAUCUAGAAAUAACAAGGAUUCUUAUGAAGGAAUAAAGUAUUCAGCUCAUGAUAAUCAACAUUGGACUUUGAAUAUGGACAGACAAGUUAUGAUGUGGGCAAUGCAAAGACCGGAAGAUUGGCAACCAGGUGGAAAAUGUGAUGUUUAUUUCUCUGGUGGAGGUAGAAGUGGACAACUCGCUGAAUUAGGAAGAGAAAUUAAGUUGUUUACGAAAGCAGAAUCUUUUUCGCAGGCACAACAGGUUGUUUGCGGACAAAAUUGCACAUUUAUGUUACAAAGUAAUGGCAGUGUUUCUGCUUGCGGUGAAGGGAGUUAUGGAAGAUUGGGUCAAGGAAAUUCUGAUGACUUGAAUACACUUUCUGUAGUUACAGCCUUGCAAGGCUUUGUGGUGACUCAACUUGCAACAUCAACUGGUAGUGAUGGUCAUUCACUGGCUCUUACUGAAUCUGGUGAAGUAUUUUCAUGGGGAGAUGGUGAUUAUGGGAAACUUGGACAUGGAAAUAGUGACAGACAAAGAAGGCCAAGACAAAUCGAGGCUUUACAAGGAGAAUCUGUUAUACAGGUUGCAUGUGGAUUCAAGCAUUCAGCUGUCGUAACCUCUGAUGGAAAAUUAUUUACGUUUGGAUAUGGAGAUUAUGGUAGACUAGGUCAUGGUAGUAGCAUUAAUAAAAAAUUUCCAGAACAAGUUACCGGCUUUGAUGGAGCUUUAAUAGGACAGGUUGCUUGCGGUCUAAACCAUACACUAGCGUUAUCUCAGGAUGGUGAAACACUAUGGGCGUUUGGUGAUGGUGACUAUGGAAAGCUUGGUCUUGGUAAUACCAGUUCCAAAUUAGUGCCAAAUAAAGUGGACGGAGCUUGUAGUUUAUCAAUAAAGAAAAUUUGCGCUGGUACUCAAUUCUCUGUCAUCUUAACAAAAUCAGGCGAAGUUCUCAGCUUUGGACAAGAUCGACUGACAGGACAACCAGAUGGUAGAAAUCGGGGAUCGACUUCGAGACCUCAACUUAUACCAGCACUCAUGUCACAUGUUAUUAUCGAUAUUUGUACCGGUGCAGAACAUACUGUCGCUCUAACUUCGGAACGACUCGUGUUUGUUUGGGGAUCAAAUUCAGAUAGCCAGCUUGGACUUGGCCACACUGAGUGUGUGAGAGCACCAACACUAUGUGAACAACUCUCAGGAAAAAAGAUAACUCAAAUAUCAGCAGGUCGUAAUCAUACGUGUGCAUGGACUGCUCCUGUUAUCAAAUCAAAAAAUACAAGAACUGGGGGAACAGUCCCAAAGGGGUCAGAUUCUGCGUCACAUUUACAUGAGACCCGGUCGCUUAGAAUGGGAACACCAGACAAUAUACCGGCACAAUACAAUCAUUUGAUUCAUCUACCAAUUGAAGUUAUUCGAUCAAGACUUCUUAUUCUGCAUUACUUUUCUGACCUGAUGGCGACUUCAUGGCGAAGUUUUAAUUUGGUGUCAUCCAAAGGGGUCAACAAAGAUUCAAAAUACAAUGUUGUUACAAAUGCUUUCAAAGAUGGUUCAAUGCAACCUUUAUUAUCUUCAAAAGUCAGCUCACUAGCAUUGGUGAGAUCAUUGGGUAAAACAAUGGUGCAAGGCAGGAACUAUGGUCCACAUAUAACCGUACGCAGAUUCUCACUCAAUGGAAAGAGAUGUAAAUCUAUCUUUUCUCAGAUUUCUAAACAGGUUGUAAAAUUGAAUCCCGCAGAACUUCGACUUCCUGCAAGAGCAUGGAAAGUUAAAUUACUCGGUGAAGGGGCAGAUGAUGCUGGCGGUGUGUUUGACGAUACUAUAACUGAAAUGUGUAAAGAAUUGGAAUCCGGUGUAUUGAAUCUUUUUAUACCAACUCCUAACAGUGUGUCUGGUGUCGGACUCAAUCUUGACAGGUUUUUACUCAAUACUUCUCUGACAUCGAAAGAACAAAUUUCGAUGUUUCGUUUCAUCGGAAUAUUGUUUGGUGUUGCAAUAAGAACAAAGAAACCUCUGGAUCUACAUCUGGCACCCUUGUUGUGGAAACUCAUUGCAGGUGUUUCCACCAACGUAGAAGAUAUAGAAGGAGUUGAUUUACUUUUCGUUCAAACAUUGAGAGGAAUCAGCCAUAUAGAUUCAUCUGGUGUUACUGCACAAAAUUUUCAUGAGGUGAUUCCGCUUGAAUUUUUUGUCGGUCAAAAUUCUCAGGGAAAAUUUGUUCCAAUUAUGCCUGGUGGUCAAGGUAUUCAUCUAACUUUUGAAAACAGGAAAGAAUAUGUGGAACGAGCGACAGAUUUCCGAAUUCAUGAAUUUGAUCAACAGGUUGCUGCUAUAAGAGAAGGAAUGUCUCGUAUUAUACCAGUUCCACUUUUGUCACUUUUAACAAACGAUCAACUGGAAGUUUUAGUCUGUGGAGCCAGAUAUGUGGAUAUACAUAUGUUGAAAGUUAUUGCAAGAUAUAGAGAUGUAGAAGAAGAUUCUAAGUUGAUCACAUGGCUAUGGCAAGCUUUAGAAGAUUUCAGUAAUAAUGAGAGAGUUUUGUUUCUAAAAUUUGUAUCUGGUAGAUCAAGACUUCCUGCUAAUGUAGUUGACAUACCACAGAAAUUUCAGAUCACAAAAAUUGAAAGGCCAAUUGACAGUCUACCCACUAGUCAAACAUGCUUUUUCCAACUUCGACUACCUUCGUACUCUAGUCAAGAAGUAUUAGCUGAAAAAUUACGUUAUGCAAUACACAAUUGUAUUUCUAUCGACAUGGAUAACUAUAUGUUGAUGCGAAAUACAGAGAAUGACGAUUUUUCCGAUGGAUCUGAUGUUUGAUAUAAAACAUAGGAAAAUAUAAACCCAGAUUUUUCACUGUGUUUAGGGAAUAUUUCAUUUUAAAACUGUGAUAUAAUAUUAGCCUAAAACAUGAGAUAUUUGUAAUAAAAUAAAAUAUAUGGUAUCUCUUUUUCCAAGAAGAUAUAUUUGAUAUAUUAACUUGUAUACACACGAAUCAUAUUAUAUAUCUAUAUUGUCAUAAUGACAAAAAAAAAAUUUUUGAAAAUAGAAAAUUCUUUAAAAUAGUAAAAUGCAAAUUUGAUAUCUUCUAUUGCCUUUUACUUGAUCUCUUCAAUUGUUUUUUGAUUUGUGAGUUUGAAAAAAGUUUUUUAAGUUGAAGAAACAUUUCAAAAAGUUGGAAAGGAAUUGUAUUUUAGCCGCGUGCUGCCUGUUUACUUAUAUAUACCACCUUUAUAAAAUGCAUAUUUAUGUUAACAAACUCAUAAUCUAGUCAAAUUUUUCUUUAAUAAAAAUGUACGCCACAAUGAACACCAAUCGAGAUGCCUUGGAGAUCUGAUCUCAAACUUUAACUAGAAAGUAGAUAUGGUUUGGUCUCUGUUCAAUUGUAUUCAUGUUAAACAAUAUACGGUGUGAAUUACUUAAUAAACGAAUAAGGUAUGAAGUUAGAUGUA